CCGCGCCCUGCAAAACCAACUCUCGUCUCUUUUCUGUGGCGGCUUUCUCCACUUCUGGCCAUGUUGUCAUGUCAUCCAUGUUGCAGACCACCGCGAGCUGGUGUGGAUUCCAGAACUUCCUCUUAAGAGCCUUCAAAAGAAAAGAAGUGUAAAGUGGAGGGAUGCCCAGGAAGAUAGGAUUUAAUGUCGUCAGCUCUUCCAGUCAUGAGGAAAACUUCAGUGCUAAGCAGCUCAUGGUCCAUGCACCCACUGUCAGCGGGUGGAGAUCCAGCAGGCAUUGCAGCUACCCUCAGCACAUCACCCUGCAGUUGGUGGAAAGAAGUCGGGUCAAGAAGCUGCAGCUCCUGGCCCACCAUUACCUCAUCUCAACCCAGGUAGAGUUCCACAUAGGGGACCCUCUACCUGAACCGAGCACCCCAGCGUUCAUUGGACAGCUUCGGAGACUCGGGUACGUGUCUUUGUCGGACAACGAGAAGACAGGCUUCAGAGCCCGGGAGCUGAAGUCAGUCCACGUAGACGCUGUCGGAACCUAUCUGAAGAUAACCUUCCACCAGAAUCAUGUCAAUCGUCACAAUCACUACAAUCAGGUUUCUUUGGUGGCCAUUAAUGUGCUGGGCGAUCCACUGGAUGGCAGCACUUUUUACACCAUGCCAAGCAGAGUGCAGCUGAUCGAACACUACCUCAACAGCACUCAGCUGGAAGCCGCCUCGGACGCGACCCUUGCGGGAAAAUGCGACGCCAUGUCCCCCUUGGAUGACCUGGCCUUCAACAUGUACCAGGACCCGGAAGUGGCUCAAAUCAUCCGCCAGCUCGAUCAAAAGAAGCAGGACAUGGCGCGCCAGGAGCGUUACGAGCAGGCCGAAUAUCUGAGGCAGGCCGUCGCCGAUCUUCAAAAGGCCGGAGAGCAUUUGGCAAGAUUUGAUAUCGAGAGGCAAUCUGCGACGGAAAAGGAGGACUAUGACCUCGCCAAGAAAAAGAAGGAUGAGAUGGAUGAGUACCGGAAAAAUCUCUACCAACAGCUGAAGGACCACGACCUGCUGGAUAUGAAAAUGAUCACGAAUGCAGCGCAAUCGCAGCUAUUCCAGGAGGUUCCCUCACCUGUCCGUUUUCCAGACUGCCGCUUGCUCCCUACCAAAGCCUUUGGAAAGGGAAAAGCUUUUUCAAGAACUUCAGAGAGCCGUCUGUCAGACUCAGACACGGUUGCAUCUGAGCAAAGCAAUCCACCCACACCUUGCGCUUCAUCAUCCUCAGUUACUCUACCAAAAAUCGAUAUGCUGCUGCCAGCCCCUCAGCCAGUGACGGCUAUCCAGAGCUCUACAAUGGAUGACACCCAAAGUACUGUACUUAGCCCUGAGAUGGGUGGAGAACCAGAGGCCCUAUCGGAGAACGCUAAGAGAGAGGCUGGCCUUUCAAUGGACGUCUUUGGAGAGAAAGUGGUUGCAGGUGCAUAUUCUAAAAACUGGUUGAACAGAAAAGAUGCACUCGUGAAUGUGCAUAAGAAGCUUUUGGAGAUAUCGUCCAAGACUCCCAAAGAGGAGCUGAGAGCCACCAUAAGAGCUGCAGUCUUCCUGGUCAAGAGGGCUCUCCUUGACAAAGUUUUAGCUGUGUUCCAAGCCUCUUUGAAGUUGCUGUUCAUCAUUUUUAGCCAGCAGAUCCCAGGUCUGGGUCGGGCUGAGAUGACACACUGUUUGGAGAAAACUUGGCCCAUUCUGCUGGCCAGGACUGGAGACUCACCGAACCGCCUCCGGAUCAAUGCCACCACCUGCAUUCAGGAAAUUGCUGUUCUGAAGGAUGUUUGGGCCUUGCAGUUCAUCCCCGCUGAGCUGGUGAAACCUUUCAAAUCCAACUUCCCCUCUCGCCUGGCUCAGAGUCGGGUGGAGAUGGUGGAGAGUCUCUUGGAACAGCUCGGCACGGAGCACUCUGGAUUCACCUUGGCGAAUGUGAUGAAGUUCUGUACUGCAGCAUUGGAGCACAACACCCCCGCUGUUCGAGAGCAGGCGGUGCACAUCAUAUUGUCCUUGUACAGGCAGCACAGUUCGGUCAUUCUCAACUACCUUCCAUCCAACACUGCUUCCGGCAAGAACUUCCUUUACAAAACCUUGUUUGAUGGCUUUGGCAAGAUCGACGAAGAGCUGGCAGAGACUCAGCCGUUGAAGAAGAUUGGUGGACCACAGGAUGGGAAGAAGGAGGAGGAGGAGAUCCAGUCGCUGCAAGAGCAGCUGGCUGCUUUGAAGGAGAUGACAGAGAGAGACAGUAGGAGUACCAAACAAACAGCCAAGAAGGAAGUGCCUAAGGUUGAGAGAGAGUCUCAAAAGGCUGGUAAACCAACAGUUGCAAAACUGCCACAGAACAAGACAAAACAUGACGUCCAACUAUCGAUGAAUUACCUGGACAACUUGUGUAUAUUCUGCGGUAAAACGGAUGACUCCUUCACUCAAGAUGGAUUGGACCUUCACUACUGGAAACACUGUCCGAUGUUGCAACGCUGUGAUGAAUGCAGACAGGUAGUGGAAAUCACCAGUUUCACCGAGCAUUUACUGAACGAAUGUGAAAGCCGGUCCAAGUUCAGCCAGUGUCAACACUGCUCGGAGGCGGUGGCCGUUGAAGAUCUGACUCGACACGUCCAGGGUACCACAUGCAACCCCCCCAUCUCAGGUCAAAGCUUCAGCCACUGCCCUUUGUGUCACAACAACUUCCCGCCAGGAGAAGAGGCCUGGAAGGCUCACCUCACGGGGAGGGAGGGCUGCAAACAAAACUCGCGCAGGACUGCGGUGUCCCAGAGAACCCAACCAGUACAAGGCAAGGCUCUACCGAGCACAAAGGUCACACAGACAUGGUCGGUGGGCGCCCGAGGGAGACCCAAGCCUGGGCGAGGCAGCCUGAUUCCAUCCCUUGCGCCCGUAGCUCGAGGACAUACACCUGGGAAGCGGUGAUAGUCUGAAAGACGCUUCACAUAUUCCCGAUGGAGGAGCUUCAAGACUGACAGUAACAAUGUGUUGUCACAGUCACUCCGCACCGCACAUCUAAUAUAUUUUCUUAAAUUAUCAUGCAAGAGGCAGCAGUUGCUCCACUUUUCACCUACCACAUAUAAGGCCAAGAUUAUUCAUACCCCAGCCUACUUUUGCGUCAAAUGUCAACAGAAGUUUAUAUUUGAUGAGAAUGGUUUAAAUCAGUGGUUUUCUCUCAUUUACCAUUUCCUAUAAUCAUAAGCCACAAAAAGCACCUUUUUUGUUUUUAAAACAUCAAAAACAUACUUUUUUUAACCUUGACUACACAUAUGCAAAGUUCAUAUGUCAAAAGGAAUAUUGAAUAGCAAAAUAGCAAAAAGGCCCACACAAUGAAAUGCCAAUGUACAAUUUUAAGUAACGCAGGUCAUAUUUAGGCCUCUCAUUGUUUGACAAGUCAACGGUAGAAGCACACUUGCCAACCUUGAGACCUCCAAUUUUGGGAGGGG